CAGUCUAACUAUGAUCUAGUCUUGUGUUAACUAUUGUAAGUGUAAAAAGUAGUGGUGUACGUAUUGACGUUCUGUAAAAUAACAAAAUGCCACGUUUAAGCUUAGACACAAAUUUACCAGCUUCAGUAAUUCCUGAAGAAUUUUUGAGCUCAUGCACUACUCUUAUUUCUAAAACUCUAGGAAAAAGACAGUCAUAUUGCGUAUCAACAGUGAACCCAGGUGUAAAAAUGACACUUGGUGGAUCCAAUGAUCCUUGUGGUUUUAUUCAAGUAACAAGUAUCGGGAGUUUGGGACCAGAACAGAAUCCCAAACACAUGGAAAUUAUAACUGACUAUAUACAUCAAGUUCUUGGAAUUCCAAAAGAGAGGCUUGUUAUAAAUUUACAAGCAAAUGAACAAGCAAAUACCGGUUAUCUUGGAACCACCUUCUAUGAACUAUUUACUGUUGAAAAAGGAAAACGACUUUAAAGAAGAAAAAAAAUUGUUAAUACUUAGAAUGAUUUUUAAAAACAUUAUAUUGUUAUAUACGGCAUUAUUUACCAAGCAUGCUUACCCCCUUUUAUCCUUUUAUAAUGCGAUUAUUCAAAUUCUGAUUUUUGGAAUAUUUCAGUGUACUUAAAAGUCAUAUUUUCACGAAUUUAUAUUUUUUAUAAAUAUAAAAAUGCUAAUAUUAUUGUUUAAUAAUAACUAAGAUUUACAAAACACCUUUAUCAUGAGAUCUAUUAUCAUGGAUUAUUAUCUUCUUCAUUUAACAUUGAGUUUGGUAAUUCAGAAUCUACAUUUUUAAAUUUUGUUUUAUUAUUAUUGACAACGACAUUCUUAAAAUAUCAAUCUGAUUAAUAAUAAAUAGUAAAAAAGUGUAUCUAAGAUUAAAAAAAAUAUAUAAUAAGCAACUCCUCAUUUAUUGGUAUAAUAAUAAUGUAAGUCUUGGAAAUUAGGUCUUUAAGUAUACUUUCUUAAAAAUUCUGGAAAUCAAAAUCAUAACUACGAAGACAGGAGUGAGCAUACCUGGGAAAUAAACCUGCAGUGUAUAUUAUCAGAAUAUU